CAGCUGUUCAGAGCGGACCGUGACUCGGCUCUCUACGGCAAAUCAAAAGAAAGGAGUAGUGCACUAAACAGAACUGGAACGACUGGACGAGCUGGAUGGAUGAUGAUGAUGAUGAUGAUGAUGGACUCUUCAGAAGAGGUGAUGCUGGCUCACCCUAGUGAGGCUAUCACAGUGCUAAAGAGGCUCAACAGUGACGAACCUGACAGGAUUGGCUUCAAGAGCCUCUUCCGCUCAGGCUCAAUCUCUGAAACUACCAUCUGUAAUGUCUGCCUACGUCCAACCCAGCAGCCGCUGUGCAACCACACUGACCUCCGUACAGGCGAGCCUUGGUUCUGCUACAAGCCGAAGAACCUGGGCUGUGACGCCAGGAUCAACCACUCAUUGGGAUGCAGCACACAAAACCUCAGGCCCAACGAGGACAAGCUAUUUCAAAGUGGUGUCAACUUGAAAGUGUACAUACAGGCUUCAGGUCCUGCCAGUGUCACAGCGUUGCCAAAAAAGGAAGGUCAACCAGAGGUGGAGAGCAGCACUGUCAAGGUUGCACCAUCUGGCUAUUACUACCAGGGUGUUUGGCAAGCACUAGGUGGUACCACAGUUCGCCAAUUCAACGCAUCUGCUAUCAGUCAGUGUCUGAAAGGCAAGGUGGUCCACAUGCAUGGGGACUCCACCGUCAGGCAGUUUUUUGAAUUCCUCGACGCGACACUACCAGGUCUUAGGGUGUUUGACCUGCACGGUGUGGCGAACACCGGACCUUUCAUAGCCUUGGACUAUGCAAACAACAUCUUGAUGAAAUUCCGCUUCCACGCUCCUCCUAUCCAUAGUGUGCAUAGUAUCUCAACCCGCGAGUUUCGUUACAUUGCCAAUGAAAUAGAUGAAAUAAUCGGAGGCACCAACAUUGUUGUAGUUUUUGACAUCUGGGCUCACUUUGGCACUUACCCGAUGGAGACCUACAUCCGGCGGCUGAAGAGCAUCCACAGGGCGGUGGUGCGGCUGCUGGACAGGGCUCCAGGGACGGUGGUCGUCAUCCGGACCGGGGCCCCCAGAGAGUUGUCACUUUAUUAUGGGCUAAUUAACAGCGACUGGCAGUCGCUGCAGUGUUAUAAGGUGCUCAGAAUCAUGUUCAAAGGACUGAACGUUCAUCUGAUCGAUGCCUGGGAGAUGGUCCUUGCCCACCACCUGCCGCACAACAUCCAUCCACCACCUCCCAUUGUUGAGAAUAUGAUUAACGUUCUUUUGUCCUACACGUGUCCUCAAAUGGGCAGCUAGAUGUUUGUUGGGGGAGAGAAGUGGUGAUUCAAGCACACGCUGAGUUUACAUCUUAUCUUUUGUUGCAAUUUCUUUAUUUAAAAGAAAAAGUAAAAUCCAACUGGAAUAAUCAUAUGACGUGGGGAAUAUUUUUCUAAGUAUGUAUAUAAAAUGGUUGUUUGAAGUUGAACUUAAUGUAAAGUGUACUUACUUUUAAUUACACAAUUACAGGGUUUUUUGUAACGUAACCGUCAGCUGCAGUAGCUUUAGGGGCAGGCUUACAAAAAUAAUGUGUAGUUUGAGUUGGCUUUGGUUUCAUAUCUACGUCAGGGAUUUAGUUCAGUGAGUUAGUUCAUUUUAUGUUUGCACAGAGAAUGACUGACAAGCAACUGUGUGGUUUCUAGGUGACUCGCAACACAGAAGAUGUAAAUUUAUGUCCAAAACGUUACUUAUCCUCGCGAUUUUUAAGUGGGUAUAUGGAAAUUCUUGACCUUUCCUCAUGGGUUAUAGGUAGAGAUGUUCCUAUAGCAGUAUCGGCUCCGAUACUGCCUAAAACGCUGGUAUCGGGAAGUACUG